AUGAGCAUCAUGGACAGCACCCGUCAAUGGAAUCUAUAUCACAAAGCCCGCAUCGCACUCCUGACGAUCACGCCACACAGCUUAAAUCUCUCAUUCGACAAAUUAAAGAGUCAUGCGGUUACCCUCGACGAGAUCAAAACCCAAAGCGAUGACACGGUUGAGACGGUGAAAGGCCGUCGAGACGGCCUCGUCAAUCAAAUCAAGCUGCUCAAAUGGGUGAGCAUGAUCUACAUGUCUCAUGCCUUCUGUACUGCUAUCUAG